AAAAUAUGAAAUGGGCAAACAAAUUUUGAUAAAUUUAACUUGACGGUCACUGCAACGUUUUGUGUAAUUAUAUGGAAAACUACACAUAGAUAUAAAUCUAUAAAUUUCUGAAGAUAGUGACCAAAGACUGAUUAAGCCAAUCUUAUUUAUAAAGUUAUCCUUAGUUCCCACUAGCUGUUAACUAGCUUUGGCCUAUCUGUCAUUACAAACUGUCGGUUUAUUAUUGAUGGAGCUGACACCCAAACAACAAGAAAAAACAAAACAUCGUUCCAAUUCAGAAAGAAACCCAACAAUAAAUAAUUUUGGACAGCAUGAGCAGUUUAACCGACGCCCAAAUCGAAGAGGUCCGGGAAGCUUUCAAUCUAUAUGACACUGAAAAGACAGGAUGGGUAUCCAUUAAGCAGCUAGGAGGAGUAAUGCGCGCCCUUGGUGAGAUGCUCACCGAAGCGGAAAUCUAUCAGUUGGCCAACGAAUGCAGCUCGGACUUCGGUGGCCAGGUACAAUUCAAGGACUUCCUAUACGUGAUGUCAAAACGACUGGAAGAAGAAAAUAGUCUUGUGUCCUUGAAGACGGCUUUUAAGAUCUUUGAUCGCAACGAAGUAAACUACUUUACGACAGCGGAAAUCAGGACAAUAAUGACCAAUCUGGGAGAGAAAAUGUCAGACGAGGAUCUGAACGAGAUGUUCCAAGAUAUCGACUUGGAUAAAGAUGGAAAAAUCUGCUUUAGCGAAUUCGUCACUGCAAUGCGAAGUUGAAUUAAGAAUUCCAAAUUGAAAGCGCAACAAACACGAACCUCUUCCAAAAACGUUCUUCCGUGUGAUGUUUUCUCUACGCCAUUUCCCCAUUUAAUGUUACCACCCAUGUCAUUCCAGUCGAGAGCAGCGCCAGAAAGUCGGCAGUGUAGCCUUGUCCCAAGAAGUCGGCUUGUGUGAGUUUACGGACUGGGCGCGUGACUCCGAAAUAGGCGAAAUAGUCGCAUGUGCCUAAUGGCUGCCGGGGAGUGCCAGAAUGUUCGAAAGGGUGAUGGCAUUGCUGGUCAGCAAUCAUAAAACGAGCCAAGCUGAAUACGACGCCAAUUUAAAUAUUAGACCAAGCACACCACUCGAUGUUAACCAAUUCGUCUGGCGGUUUUUAAAGCUCUUGUGGUGUUACCAAUCAGACAGCCAAAAGUACUGGGUUCAACUCUUAUCGCACUUCAAAUUACGCAGUUAUCUAUUAACACGUCAUAUACGCAUACAACAUAAAACAUUCGUAAUGACUCAUUUGGCAACUAAACAAUCACGCCUAGCUAAUAAAGUAUUGUAAGGUGACUAAUUUCCACAUUAGAGUGGAAAGUUGUUAAAUGCUGAGCAACUAGAAAUGUGCAGAUCUGUAAAUCAAAAUUACAUACAUAUAUUAAUUAAACGGUUCCCCUUUACUAUUGGCGAAAAA